AUGCAGACCAACGCAGAGAAUCCGCGCAAGCGCUUUACUGCCGCCCAUGCUGCCGCUCCCGGCAACAACGGCAACGGAGAAGCUGGGCCUUCUCGACCGCGGAUCGCUAACGCAGUGCCCUCCGAGAUCUUGGACGACCCCGAACUCAAUCAAGCCAUCGCCUCGAUUCUUCCUGCCAACUACAAUUUCGAGAUCCACAAGACGAUUCACCACAUUCGUAAAGCUUCGGCGACAUGUGUAGCGCUCCAAAUUCCCGAGGGGCUCACCCUCUGGGCGACUGGUAUUGCUGACAUCGUGGAGCGCUUCACUGACGCAACCACGGUGAUCAUGGGCGACGUCACGUAUGGCGCUUGCUGCGUGGACGACUAUACGGCAAUGGCGCUGGGAUGCGAUAUGCUCGUGCACUAUGGACAUAGCUGUCUUGUGCCCGUGGAUCAGACGGCCAUCAAGACGUUGUACGUAUUUGUCGAGAUUCUCAUCGACCCGGCCCACUUGGCGGCGACGAUCAGGGCCAACUUCCCGAGCGACAAGCACGAUUUCCGAGCCAAAAUUCUGGGCGGAAGUCAGAAUGCAGCUGGAAAGCGGGCCGAGGUGGACGAAACUGCUGGUCGCGCUAAGAUCCAGAUUGGCGAGCAAGAGCGCGCCGACUCGAGCACCGCUGCCACUGCUGUUACUGCUUCACAACCACAGACACACCUGGCACUCGUUGGUACCGUACAGUUCAUCAACGCCAUCCACGGUCUACGAGAAGCGCUGGAACAGCAACAGCAUCGACUCGCUGACGGCUCGAUCGUCUCGGGCGGGCCUCAACCCGAUCGACUCAUGCUCACCGCAGGCACAGCGGCCGACGGCGAAGUGCAACACGUUCCUCAAGCAGCCAAAUGGAAGGCGUGGAGCUCAGGGGAAUACAAAGUGACCGUGCCGCAAGUCAAGCCGCUCAGUCCCGGCGAAGUGCUGGGCUGCACGUCACCCAAGCUGGACAAGGACAGCAUCGACGCUAUUGUGUACAUUGGCGAUGGACGCUUCCACCUCGAGUCGAUCAUGAUCGCCAAUCCUCGCGUCCCUGCAUUCCGAUACGACCCGUACACCAAGCGGUUCGUGCGCGAGCUGUACGAUCAUGCCGAGAUGCGCAAAAUGCGCGGAGAAGCUGUGAGGUUGGCGCAGGACAGCGUGGGAGGACUGGAUCUCGACCCGGAGUCUUCGAUCGUCAAGCAGAAGGAGGAAGUCGCUGUGGGUGGAGAAGAGCAGGGACGCUCGAUGGCGGCGGCGUCGGGUUGGGGAGUGGUGCUGGGCACGCUGGGACGACAAGGAAGUCUGCGUGUCCUCGAGUCGCUGACAGCAUCGCUUGCCGAACACACGCCGCCCAUCCCGCACGUGCCGAUCCUGCUGUCCGAACUGUCCCCGCAGAAGCUGGGACUGUUUGGUGAGCAUCUGGCGGCCUUCAUCCAAUCGAGCUGCCCGCGCCUGUCGAUCGAUUGGGGCUUCGCAUUUGCCAAGCCAUUGCUCAGCCCGUACGAAGCUGCGGUGAGCGUCAAGAAAGUGAAGGGCUGGCAGGAGGAUGUGGAAGGACUCGGGAUGAGCAGAACACCUGCCAAGCAGAACAGCACUGGCGAGGGCGAUCCGGUGCCGCGGGAAGACAAGCAUCUGCCGUUGGAUGGCGACUAUCCGAUGGACUUUUACAGCGAUUCUUCGCUCGGACCUUGGACACCUCGACAUGGCAUGGCGCCCGCCAAGAAGCCAGCCGGUGCCAAAUCGAACCUGGCGCUGCUGAGGAGUCUGCGAGGCAACCGUACCAAAGCCACCGCUGCGCCUGCCAAUACUGCAUCGGCUUGA